UGCCGAGAAAGCUCAAAUGGUUGGUCUAAGCUGCUCUGAGCGCUGUUGCUGGAUGCUGUGAGCGGAGCUCAGGAGACAUCCGAACCAAGACAUGGAUGUAGUGACCUAUGAUGAUGUGCAUGUGAACUUCACACAGCAAGAGUGGGCUUUGCUGGAUUCUUCCCAGAAGAGUCUCUACAAAGAUGUGAUGCUGGAGACCUACAGGAACCUCACUGCUAUAGGCUAUAAUUGGGAAGACAACAAUAUUGAAGAACAUUGUCAAAAUUCUAGAAGACAUGAAAGACAUGAACGAAGUCAUACUAACAAGAAACCCUACAAAUGUAAUCGAUAUGAUAAAGCCUUUUCACAACAUCAUCAUCUCCGAAUGAAUAAAAGAACACGUACUAGAGAGAAAAGCUAUGAAUGUAGUGAGUGUGGGAAAGCCUUUGCACGUCACAGUCAUCUUCAAUGUCAUGAAAGAAUUCAUACUGGAGAAAAGCCCUACAACUGUAAUCAAUGUGGGAAAACCUUUACAUGGUACUGUAGUCUUCAAAAGCAUGAAAGAAUUCAUAGUGGAGAGAAACCCUUCAAAUGUAAUCAAUGUGAGAAAGCCUUUUCACAACACAGUAGUCUCCAAAUGCAUAAAAGAACACAUACUGGAGAAAAACCUUAUGAAUGUAAUCAGUGUGGUAAAGCCUUUGCACGUCAUAGUCGUCUUCAAAGUCAUGAAAGAAUUCAUACUGGAGAGAAGCCUUAUGUAUGUAAUCAGUGUGGUAAAGCCUUUGCACGUCACAGUAAUCUCCAACAACAUAAAAGAACACAUACUGGAGAGAAACCUUAUGAAUGUGACCAGUGUAAUAAAGCCUUUGCAUGUCACAGUACUCUCCAAAAACAUAAAAGAACACAUACUGGAGAGAAACCCUAUGAAUGUAACCAAUGUGGGAAAGCAUUUACACGUCAGUUUUAUCUUUCAGUACAUAAAAGGAUACAUAAUGGAGAGAAACCUUAUGAAUGUAAUCAGUGUGGGAAAGCCUUUGCAUGUCACAGUUUUCUCCUAGCACAUAAAAGAGCACAUACUGCCGAAAAACACUAUGAAUGUGAUCAGUGUGUUAAAGCCUUUGCAUGUCAGAGUCAUCUCCUAAUACAUAAAAGAAUACAUACUGGAGAAAAACCUUAUGAAUGUAGUCAAUGUGGUAAAGCUUUUGCAUAUCACAGUAGUCUCCAACAACAUAAAAGAACACAUACUGGAGAGAAACCUUAUGCAUGUAAUCAAUGUGGUAAAGCUUUUGCACGUCACAGUCAUCUUAAAAGACAUGUAAAUAUGCAUAAUGGAGAGAAACCAUAUUCAUGUAAUCAAUGUGAUAAAUCAUUUGCAAGUUACAGUAAUCUCCAAAUACAUAAAAGAACACAUACUGGAGAGAAACCCUAUGAAUGCAAACAAUGUGGAAAAGCCUUUACACGUCAGAGUUAUCUCCUAAUACAUGAAAGAACACAUACUGGUGAGAAACCCUAUGAAUGUGAUCAAUGUGAUAAAGCCUUUACAUGUCAUAGUUAUCUCCUGAUACAUAAAAGAUCACAUACUGGAGAGAAACCCUAUGAAUGUGAUCAGUGUGCUAAAGCCUUUAUAUGUCAGAGUUACCUACUGAUACACAAAAAAACACAUACUGGAGAGAAAUCCUAUGAAUGUGAUCAGUGUUCUAAAGCGUUUACACGCCAUAGUUAUCUCCUAAUACAUAAAAGAACACAUACUGGAGAAAAACCUUAUGUAUGUAAUCAGUGUAGAAAAGCCUUUGCACAUCACACUCAACUUCAAAGGCAUGAAAGAAACCAUACUGUACAGAAACCUUACAAAUAUAAAAUCAUGUGAUCAAGUGUAAUGGCAUGUAAAAGCCUUUAUGUCUGGCUUUAAGUGAAAUGUAUAGUAAAUCCUUUAUUCUGGCAUUGAGUAAAAUGUUUUAGGAAAGCCUUUGCUAUAUUUGGAUUAAUAAGUCGAUGCUGAGGAAUUGUUUUGAGAUUGUUUGAACUUUCAAGGAAUGUCUCGGAAAAUCUGCACUUGCUGCUAUGCGGGAGCUUGUAGCUACACAGAACUUGGUUCUAAAACACUCCCAGGUAACCUGGUGUUCUUUUUUCAUUAUGGCUAGGAUUGAGAUUUGUGCAGGCUGUCUGCUCUCAUGGACAGAAAGGAAUAUAAUUUGGGUAGGUGAAAUUUACCCAGCCCCAGUUACCUUGUAUAAGGCUUGAAUAAUUUAAGUGGGGUGAACUAGUGGGUGUCAAGUCUUUUCCAAUAAGCCUGAACCCCUCUUCUCCUUUGGAAAAUGAAGGCAUAGCAUCUUGGUGAGCUUCUCUCUCCAUUUUGGCAUCCACAGCCAACAUCAAACAAUAGUGGAGCAUUUUCACAAUGCAGUAGUCUCCAAAUACAUAAAAGACUAUAUACCUGGGCAAAACCCUACCAAUGUAAUUGUUGUAAAAGCAAAAAUCCCAGAUGUCCAAUUUGACCAAUGAAGAAUCAGGAACCAGAUGCUGGGGUAAAAAAGCCUCUUAGCUUAGAGAGGCAGAGAAAAGACACAGCUGACCUUCAUACUCAGCCAAUGUCCUAGAAAGAAAAAAAAUGUCUUCUUCCUGCUCCAUGCUGUCUUCAAUACCUUCCAACUCAGUGUCCCUCCUUUCUACUUUCUGUGUUUUCUUAUGUUUACUCCUUGUAACUGGUUGCUUGAUCUGCCUUUUGACCCUUCAUUGAUGUUAUUUAAUCUUGUUUAGAGAAAGCUUUUGUGUUAAAGAUGCAUGCUAGUUGAUGAACCAACCUCAACUAAAAACAGAUUUUUCCAGUAUGCAAUCUGGGAGUUCACAAUGUGCUCAAAUAUCCUGCUACAUGUAGUCAGUAUAAUCAAAGCCUUGCAUAUCACAGUAGUCUAUCUAUCCUCAAAUACAUAAAAGAACACAUAGUGGAGAGAACUCUAUGAAUAUAAUCAAUGUGGUAAAGGUGUUUACAUAUCACAGUCAUAUCAAAAUCAUAAAAGAAUUCAUAUUGAAGAAUAACCAACACUAUGAAUGUUAUCUGUGUGAUAAUAUCUUUGCAUAGCAAAUUACUUUUUUUAUAUUGUGAAAAGAAUUCAUACAAGUGUAACAUCUUUAUUAUGUAAUCAAUAUGUUAAAGACUUUGCCAGUCAUAAUACUACAUGUCACAGUAGUCUUUAUAUACAUAAAAGAAUAUAUACUGGGGAGAAACCUUACAAAUGUAAUCAAUGUGAUAAAGCCCUUUCACACAACAGUAGUCUUCAAAGGCAUAAAAUUCAUAAUAUGGAAAUACCUUCUAAAUGUAAAUAAAUGUGAUAAAGUGUGUAAAAUGUAAAUAAAUGUGAUAAACUUUUGUUUGGCUGUAAAAUGUUUUAAAAUUAAAAUAUAAAACAUUUGUUUUUUUCUUUGAGUAAAAUUUUGCAGCAGAGCCUUUGC